AUGUCUGAGAUACCUCCAAAUCCAUUCGGUGAUCCAUUUGCGGAUCCAAGUGUUAAGCAAGCUGCUGCUUCUGCUUCAUCGGAUGUGAACGAAGAUUAUAACCCAUUUGCACAAAACACUCGCCCAGCGGCAGCUCAGUCAGCUAGCGUUUCUCAAACUGCUCCACCUAGUGGAACUAUGAGCAGCGAUGAAUUGUUUCGGCGGCAAGAGGAGCUGGAGAGGAAAGCUCAGGAAAUUAGAAGAAGGGAGCAAGAGUUAGAACGUCAACAAAGAAGCGGAUUAUCUAAUUCUAACAGGCCACAUAAUUGGCCUCCACUCCCAUCUUUCAUUCCUGUGAAGCCGUGUUUUUACCAAGACAUAGAAGUUGAAAUUCCAGUGCAGUUUCAGCGUACUGUCACUUUUGUUUAUUACGUUUUCCUUACUUACGUGCUCGCACUAGUGGUGAAUGUAAUUGCAUCUUUAUUCUACUUCUUAUUUGGCGGGGGCUCUGUGGGCAUAUUUUUACUCGCCAUAAUUCAACUUGUUCUGUUUUCUCCGUGUUCAUUCCUGUUUUGGUUCCGUCCCGUCUAUAAGGCUUUCAGAAAUGAUAGUUCAUUCAACUUUAUGGUCUUUUUCUUCGUGCUGUUUUUCCACACAUUGUUCACCUUUAUACAGACGUUGGGUCUGUCUCAGUAUGCCUGCGGUUGGGCAAAUACCAUCGAAGUGUUCAAAACCCAUGUUUUCGUUGGAUUUCCAAUGUUGCUUUCGGCCGUGGCCUUCACUGCAGCUUUUGCGGGAAUGAUAAUCGCUCUAAUUAGGGUUCAUAAACAUUAUCGUGGUGCUGGAUUUAGCAUUGAUAAAGCACGUAAAGAGUUUUCCGAUGGUGUCAUGGCGAAUCCCAACGUUCAGCAGGCCGCAUCUGCUGCCGGACGUGCAGUGGUAACGCAGGCUGCAUCGCAGGUUGUCAAUCAAGCUACUCAAGGUCGGUAUUGA